AUGCCGAGAGGACCAAGAGAUCCGGCUGCAGAGGCGGCGUACCAAGCCGGUACGCGCGCCUACAAGGCCAAAAUGAAGGAACUGGAAGGGGUGGCCAUGCCACUGGACCAGAAGGAGGCCGCAGCGGAGGGAGCAAGAACGUUGGCGAAGCAGAACCACUAAGCUUACUACCCCUAUAAGAGAUCAAAACGUUCUUCACCAAAUGCAUCUCCUCCUUAUCAGUGUGGUUCUCGUUGCUAAAAGAUUAUUUCUAGCGUUCACAGGCCCAACGUCCGUACCCAUGCGGCGCGAACCGUUGCGGCUGCUGGUCCUGCUUCUGCUGGCGCUGUUGUUGCUGCUCCUUCUGCGGCUCCUCCUGCUGCCGUUUCCGGUAAGUCGCUUCAUGCUUUCUGUAUCGUAGUACAAACUGACAACCACAGGUGCCCCCUCCGUCCCCGCCAACCCUGGUGGUCCAUCUGGUCUCACAGCUCCCUCACAACCAGCAGGCAACAGAUCACAAGAGGACGAUGAGGACGAACUGAUCUCGGAACUGGCCGGCACUCUGGUGGGCGUAGCCUUGAACACUCCUGGAAGCCAGUCGGAGGAUUCGGAGGGAGAGGGGUCCGUUAAGAAGGCCAAGAAGGGCAAGAAGGGCAAAAAGUCCAAGAAGAGAAAGAGAUCUUUGUAA